AUGUCGGAACAGAUUCUUGCAGGAAAGACGUGCCUCGUCACAGGCGGAGCGGGAGGUCUAGGCAAAGCCAUCGCCACGCACUUUCUGGACGCGGGCGCGAACGUGGUCAUCUGUGACAUUCACGAAGAGCGACUCCAACAAACGUCCGCCGAACUAUCAUCCAAGGGCCCCCUGCGGGCGAUCAAAUCUGACAUCACCAAGCCCGAGGAUGUGAAAAGGCUCUUCGACGAGUUGAUCCGGGAAUUUGGCAAGAUCGAUGUCCUUGUGAACAAUGCCGGGAUCAUGGAUCAUUUCGCGCCCGUAGGCGAUAUGGAUCUGGAACAAUGGGAUCGGGUCAUCGCGCUCAAUCUCACGGCGCCAAUGAUUCUGAGCAAGAUGGCGGUGCAGAACAUGUUGGAGCAAUCGACCCCCGACGGUCGGAUCAUCAAUAUUGUUUCGGUUGCAGGGCGAGCGGGAUGGGCUGCUGGCGCUGCCUACACUGCCAGUAAACAUGGUCUGGUGGGCCUGACCAAGAACACAGCCGCGUUCUAUGGCAACAAAGGUAUCCGCUGCAAUGCCUUGAUGAUGGGGGCGAUGAACACCAAUAUCGCGGAUGUGUUCAAGACAGGCAUGCAUAUGGAAGGAUAUCAAAAGAUGAAUGCCGUGUACGAGGCCGUUCAGGCUCCUGCAUGCGACCUUGACGAGGUGGCUGGGUUCUGCACGAAUUUGACCUACGGCAAGGGUUCCAGUGUGAUCAAUGGGGCCUGCAUUGCUCUGGAUAAUGGAUGGACUGCUGUGGUCGGUUGA